CUUUGGGAACUGAAAAAAUAUCAAUCUGGAGGGGCCUCCAAUCAAGAAACAAAGCGAGUUGAUCGACACCAGGAACUACUGGGACGAAGACAAAAUUUCUUAUUUUAUGCAGCUGUUGCCGUGUUAUCAUUCCCCGUUGUUGGCCUACUUCCUCCAGUCAUCUAUGGCUUCUCAUUUCGGAGGAGUGAUGAUAGAGAUCUCAAGCUUGUGCAGUAG